GCAGGUGCAUGCAAGAGGGAAUAGGCGCAAAGGAUCCGGACAGGGGCGGGCAGGGACGGACACGGCGGACACGAGGCCCGCACGCAGCACUGGCAUCCUCGGUCUUUGUUUUCGCGCAGUUUUCUUUUUCUCCACCACGCCAUGUCCAAGCCAGACGAGAUCCCCGCCCUCUCCUUCAUCCUCGAGCCCGCCAUCGUCGUCUCCCUCCUCACAGCGGGAUGCCUCUUCAACCGCCGCCCCCCGCCCCUCAUCCUCCAGGCCCACAACGCAGUCAACGACGUGCCCCCGCCCCCCGGCGACAACGCCUGGCACUGGAAGAACAUGCGCUCCUUCAAGUGGACCGUCAGGGUCCCUGGUAAUGAGCGAUUCAGGUCGAGGUGGUCCAGCCGGCUGCUGGGCAUGUUUCCGUUCUUGAUGGAGGUCUGGUACUGGCUCUUGACGUACUGGAUAUACCAGAUCGCCCGAGCGAUGCAAGCGCUCACGAUGGGCGCCGACUUUAGGGCGUUGGCAGAGCAGCACGCGCGACAGAUUAUUGCCAUUCAGCGGUGGUUAGCGAUUGACUGUGAGCUCGCGCUGCAAAAGUUUGUCAUGGAGAGGGAGUGGCUGCUGGUGUUUUUCAACAAGACCUAUGCGAUGGUCCACAUUCCCGCCACUAUCGCCUUCAUGGCCUACUCUUACCGCUACUUUUCCCCCCUCGUCUUCCAAUCUACCCGACGAACCCUGGUCCUGUGUAACUGCAUCGCCUUUGUCGUCUUCUCCAGCUGGCCAUGCAUGCCCCCAAGACUAUUGCCUUAUGAAGAAUUCGGCUAUGUCGACACUUUGCACACUGGUAAAGCCGCCAGUAGUACGUCCCCUCUACCUUGCUUCCUUUCACCCAACCUAAUUAUCUUGUUUUUAUUUUUUAUUUUUAUUUUUCAGUCUGGACCACAAACAAGUUCCAAAACCAACUCGCCGCCUUCCCCUCCCUCCACUUUGGCUACUCUUUCGUCAUCGGCCUCUCCCUCUUCCUCUACUCUCCCCACCGCCCCAUCCGCGCCGUCGCACUCGGCUACCCCGUGCUCAUCCUGCUCGUGAUCAUGGCGACCGCCAACCACUACUUGCUCGAUGCGGUGGGCGGGUUCUUUGUCACGGUUCUGGCGCAUAGGGUGAAUAGGUUGACGUUGAAUUUGAGGCCUUUGGAGGAAUGGUUCUUUUGGCUUCUUAGGACGGAAAGGCCGAUGGACAAGGUCCAGUUCGACUCUGUCAUCAACCGCGAGAAUGUUGGGCACAGGGAUAGCAGCGACUUGUCUCAUCGUCCCCUCAUGUUUGGACAAGACAAUGCUUAGAUCAACCCGACUCCCACUAGGCCGGGUUUCUGGGGUGUGAUGAUCACGGCUUUUUGAUUAUCUCAAUUGACCUCAAACUCCAUACGCUGUCGUCGUCGACUUGUAUCAGGUCGAUGACUGAUAUAGAUACCCAUGCGGCAUUCUGUGUUUUAUUUCUGGUUUUCAAUGUGAAUCAUGUAUACUACGAUCUUUACGACCUGUUUAGCUUGUUUCGCGGAGGAAAGAGUCUUGGAGAGUUGAACAAUCUCGCCUUGAGGUACGAUUGGU